CCUAAUAUAUCACUAGAACAGUUAAAAUGUAUUAUUUUACAAAGUUUUUAUUUAUAAUAGUAUUAAGCAAAUUAGUGGCCACAGAUCAAAUUUAUGAAACCGACAUGAACUUUAGAGUAGAAGCCGGGACUAAAACAUGUUUUUUCGAAAAAGGCAAAGCUGGUCAAAUGAUGGAGUUGUACUAUCAGGUGCUCGACGGACAACAUGGCGACUUGGACAUAUCCGUGGACGUAAUAGAUCCAAGAGGAAUAAAACUGAUAUCUGAUUACAAGCACUCACAGAACUCUAUCAUAAUGGACUUGGAAUAUGAGGGUGAUUACGUUUUCUGCUUGGAUAACACAUAUAGUGUGAUGAACUCGAAACUUGUGUUCGUAUAUGUCGUUAUAGAAGAUAAAAAGUCAGAGAAUGAAACUGAAGUCAGUGUAGUCGACUCGGAAGGACAAGAACAUACAGAAGAAGAAAUAUUGGAAUGGGUGGGUGAGGAACACAAUGGGGACAAAUAUACGGUCAAAGUUACAGAUAUUGCAGCUUCUUUAAUGCGUACGUUGAACUACGUCGUGCGCGCCCGCCAUAUGUUAGAUAUGUAUAGUGCCAGCAAGUCUCGAGACAGCUACAUUGCCAUAGAAGAUACAUUUAUUGUGGAUAUGUGGUCAGCUUUCCAGAUUACUUUCAUGAUGUGUGUUGGAUUUGUGCAAGUGUACAUGAUAAAGAAGUUAUUCGACCGACCUUGCAAUAUUCAAUCCCAUUAUUAAAGUAUUAAUUUUUAAAUUC